AUGCUAUGUUUGCUGAUAUCCGGACCAACUCAACCGGGCAAUGAUAUUGACGUUUUCCUUCAACCACUUAUACAGGAUCUACAAAAGUUGUGGCAUGGAAAACAAGUUUAUGACGCAUACAAGAAGGAGUAUUUUUUGCUUAGAGGCAUUUUGUUGUGGACAAUCAGUGAUUAUCCAGCCUAUGGCAACUUGUCAGGAAACAUUAUCAAAGGGUAUAAUGGUUGUCCUAUUUGUAUUGAUGAAACAAAAGCAACGAGACUGGUACAUUAUCACAAGUGUGUGGUCAUGAGGCACCGUAGAUGGUUUCCCCGUCAUCAUCUGUAUCGCAAACAGAAACAGGCUUUUGAUAACACCGUGGAAGAGGAAAUUGCUCCGGUUCCAUUAACCGGAGAGGAGGUCCUUCAAAGAGUACAACAUUUACAGGGCCAUAUCUAUGGUAAGACACAACGCAAACCUCGAAUAAAAAGAGGCGAUCCUCGACCAGUUUGGAAGAAGGUUUCAAUAUUCUUUGAACUUGAUUAUUGGAAGUUUUUGCCGGUUAGGCAUGUUCUUGAUGUGAUGCACAUCGAGAAAAAUAUAUGUGAGGCUUUACUUGGGACUCUUCUUAACAUACCUAAGAAGACAAAAGACAAGGAAACCGUCCGUCUUGACAUGGCAGAAAUGGGAAUAAGAACAGAAUUGAGGCCACAAACUCUGGGGAAAAAAGAGAAGUUACCAUUGGCGUCUUGGAACCUGACUCAUUCUGAAAAGAAAACAGUUUGCUCCUCUUUUCUCGGCAUGAAGUUGCCUGAUGGUUUUUGUUCCAACAUUCGGAGUCUUGUAUCAAUGGAAACACUUAGACUCACUGGAAUGAAAUCUCAUGACUGCCAUAUGAUCUUGCAUCAUCUGCUCCCAAUUGCAAUUUGGUCCUCGCUAGAGAAACAGGUUAGGAACACUAUUAUUCGGUUUUGUCUCUUUUUCAAGGCAAUCUGCAGUAAAGUUAUUGAGGUUGAUAAGUUGGAGAAAAUGCAAUCUCAGUUGGUAGAAACUUUAUGCCAGCUUGAAAAAUACUUCCCUCCUUCCUUGUUUGAUUUAAUGUUUCAUCUCUCGGUCCAUCUUGUACGAGAAGUGGAGCUUUGUGGGACAAUUUUCCUUAGAUGGAUGUAUCCUUUUGAGAGAUACAUGAAGACAUUUAAGGGAUAUAUAAGGAAUCGAGCUCGUGCAGAAGGUUGUAUUGCUGAGGCCUAUAUUGCGGAAGAAGCUGUUAGGUGCUUGGUUAACCACGAAGAAGCUACUGUUGGGGUACCGAAAAAUGAUAGGCACACGGGAGAUGGCAUUUGCAGACCAUUAUCUGAUGCAACUAUGAUAACCCCGAGCAGCACUGAUUUGCAUGUAGCACAUUUAUGUGUUUUACAAAAUACUACUAGCGUAAGGCCAUAUUUCGAUGAGCACAUGUCAUUUUUGAUGACAAAAUAUCCGGAAUAUAAAAAUGACAAAAUGUGGCUUAGAAACAAGCAAAAUGCAACAUUCCCCAAAUGGUUCAAAGACAAGAUUGGGGCAGAUUUGUUUGAGGAAAAAGAGGUACCACAAGAGUUACGGUGGAUUGCAGAUGGGCCCAACAAAGAUGUUCCUACAUUCAGCGGCUACAAAGUGGAUGGUGUUACCUAUAGUACCAAGGAUCUCGAUGAUACACGUCAAGUUCAAUGUAGUGGUGUCUGCGUACAAGCCGAUACAAUGAUUGUGGAGGGUAAGGAUCAAAGUAUUGAGCAUACUUCACCUAUAUUUUAUGGUGUGGUAACAAGUAUAUGGGAUUUAGAUUAUAACAGCUUUAGGAUCCCUCUUUUUCGUUGUAAGUGGGUAGAUAUGAACAAAGGGAUUAAAGUCGAUGAUUUGGGAUACACAUUGGUUAAUUUAAAGAAGUUGGGAUUUUUAAAUGAUCCAUUUGUGUUGGCAAAACAUGUUAAGCAAGUUUGUUACAUCGACGAUCCUCUUGAUAAGUUAUGGUCCGUUGUGUUAAAAUUACCCGAGAAAAGGUACUAUGACGAGAAUGAGGAUGAGAUUGAGGGAUCCGUAGAAGUGGAACUUGAGAACGAUUGUUUUAUGCCGAAUUUGCUGGAAGUUGAUUUAGCUGAGGAGGAUUUGGCUACUUAUAUUCGGAAUGUGGAUGAACUAAUAGCACUUUCGUGA